UUUUUUUCCUAUAUUACGGGUGCUCCGAAUAUUUAAUUAACUUAACACUACUCUUUCAGUGCGAGUACACUUUACGAUUUACAUAAUUUAUUAUUAAUUGUGCUGGUGCAUUUCGUCAAGUCAAAUAAUUCCAACCGUGUAUACGAUAGAUCACGAAAGUAAUUUAUCUAGAUGUGAUCGGUCCGCGUCGACGUUGAGUGUUGUUGCUGCUAAAUUUCUCCGCGCAUUCGGAUCGUCGUCGUUGAAACAGUGCGUUCGUGUAUUACUAUAAUGUACGCAAUACACGUCUGAUCGUGUUCGGUAUCUUCUUGUGGUAACUGGGUGGACUCGGGUUAGUAAAAAUUGCGCUGCGCAAGAUGGGCAGCUGCUUCAGUUGUCAGAGGGGCUCGUCCAACAAAAAGGAUAUGACGGGCUCGCCAUCUAAUGCUGGCAACAACAAGGACUCGGUAUCGCCUGCAGUGCCCAGCGUGCCUAUACAGAACAUGCCACCCCACGAUAAUAUACGCGAAGUUAGGAAUGGACCAAUGCCACCGGUUCCUGACCAGGAACCGUCUAAUGCAACUAAUGCAUCAGCUAAAAUAUUCGUCGCUCUGUAUGAUUAUGAUGCACGCACCGAUGAGGACCUCAGUUUCAGAAAAGGGGAACACUUAGAAAUCCUAAAUGAUACACAAGGGGAUUGGUGGCUGGCCAGGAGCAAAGCCACCAAACAAGAAGGUUACAUUCCUUCUAAUUAUGUAGCCAAAUUGAAAUCCAUAGAAGCUGAGCCAUGGUAUUUUGGCAAGAUCAAAAGAAUUGAGGCUGAGAAAAAAUUGUUGUUGCCAGAGAAUGAUCAUGGAGCAUUUUUAAUUAGGGAUUCUGAGAGUAGACGGAAUGAUUAUUCUUUGUCUGUUCGCGAUGGUGAUACUGUUAAACAUUACCGAAUCAGACAACUAGAUGAAGGUGGCUUUUUUAUUGCUCGACGUACAACAUUUAGGACUCUACAGGAGUUAGUCGAAUACUAUAGUAAAGAUGCAGAUGGUUUAUGUGUUAACUUACGUAAACCUUGUGUUCAGGUUGAAAAACCAGUUACUGGUGGUUUAUCUCAUAGCACAAGAGAUCAAUGGGAAAUUGAUAGAUCAUCAUUAAAGUUUGUUCGUAAGUUAGGACAUGGUCAAUUUGGUGAAGUUUGGGAAGGUUUAUGGAAUAAUACAACACCUGUUGCUAUUAAAACCUUGAAAACUGGUACAAUGGAUCCAAAAGACUUUUUAGCUGAAGCACAAAUUAUGAAGAAACUAAGACAUACCAAAUUAAUCCAGUUAUAUGCUGUUUGCACUAUGGAAGAACCUAUUUAUAUUAUUACUGAACUUAUGAAAAAUGGAAGUCUUUUAGACUUUUUACAAGGUAAGGGAAGAGGUUUGAAGCUUCAACAGUUGAUUGAUAUGGCAGCUCAAAUAGCUUCUGGCAUGGCAUAUCUUGAAUCUCAAAACUACAUUCAUCGUGAUCUUGCUGCUAGAAAUGUUCUUGUUGGAGAGAGUAACGUUGUUAAAAUAGCAGAUUUUGGUCUUGCUCGUCUUAUAAAGGAGGAUGAGUAUGAAGCGAGAGUUGGUGCUAGAUUUCCAAUUAAAUGGACUGCACCUGAAGCUGCUAAUUACAGCAAAUUUUCUAUAAAAUCUGAUGUAUGGUCAUUUGGAAUUUUACUCACUGAGCUGGUUACCUAUGGACGUAUACCUUAUCCAGGUAUGACCAAUGCUGAGGUACUUCAUCAAGUUGAGCAUGGUUAUCGAAUGCCAAUGCCACCUAAUUGUCCAACUGCAUUAUAUGAUAUAAUGUUAGAAUGCUGGCAUAAAGACCCCAUGAAGAGGCCAACAUUUGAAACUCUCCAGUGGAAAUUGGAAGACUUCUUCACAAUGGAAGGGUCUGAAUAUAAAGAAGCAUCGGGUUACUGAGAUCACGCCCACCUCUCGGAGUGGCCUAUGCAACAGGCCAUCGCUCUACGCGGCGCUAAUCCCCAAGCAGCCGCUAUUUACAUGCAACACGCAGCAGCGGUUUAUCACGCACACAGACAUCAACAACAUCAUAUGCACAAUAUUUAUCAUUAACACUGUUAGAUACAUCUUUGACCAUCAUUACUUUUGGUAAGUCAUAAAUAUUUAUAACUUCUCUUUUUUCUUUUUUUUUUUUACUUGAAGAUUUAAUGAAUAACUUGUUUUUAAACUACUUAGUCUUAGAUAAUCUAUUAAUUGUAUUGAAAAACAUUAGAUAUUAUUAUUUUAUUGUGUAUUUUAUUUUGAACUAC